UCUUGAGGGGGUGGGAAAGCCUAUCUCGGCAGGGGGAGCUCCGGCUCUCCGGUCUCACAUUUGACUGAGAUCCGUUUGAUGCAUCGGCGCCCUGUGUGCUUUUGGUUGGAGCAUGAACCACGAGGGCGACCACCUCGAGCGGGCGCCUUCGAAGCGCCAAGAGAAGAGGUCGCAGGAGGUCUGGGCGGAGAAUCUGGUCGAGGAGAUGGCCAGGAUGAGUGACGUGGCGGAGAACUUUCUCUACGUGGCCGUGGACACUCAGUUCCCGGGGCUGGUGGUGCGGCCGAAGGGCCCCUUCGCGUCCUCCUCGGAGUACCACUUUGCGUCUCUCAAGUCCAACGUGGAUCUGACCAAGGUGCUCCAGGUGAGCUUCACCUUUUCGGAUCCCAGGGGUAUCCGGCCCAAGGGCAUUUGUACCUGGAGGUUCAACUUCUCCUUUAACUCCAGCAGAGACUUCUACUCGCAGGAGGUGGUGGAAAACCUCCACCAGCAGAGGAAUUUGAACAUCCAGCAGCACAUGAGCAAGGGCAUCCAGCCCAACUUGUUCGCAGAGCUGCUUCUGGGCUCAGGGCUGGUCUUGAACGAGGACGUGCAUUGGAUCACCUACCGUGGCACCAACAGCUUUUCGAACACCGAGGAUGGGCAUCCCGGCAGACCGGAGCUGCCGCAGGUGAUGUUCUCCGGGCUGUAUGAUUUUGCCCACCUCCUCCGCAUGCUGCGGGGCGGCGAGCUAAUUCCGGACGAGGUCAAUGCCUUCUUCGACUCCUUGGACCUCUUCUUCCCUUGCCGCUGCGACGUCUCGAAGCAUUUGCACCGCCUGCCGCAACUCAACGGGCGCCAUCUCGCAGGCUCGUCUGCGAGAAAUGCGCACUACAUCCUGGACGCUUUCUUCCGGCUGCCAGAUGCAGUUCGCAGGACCGCCUUUGAGCCGGAGGAGAGGGAGGCGGUGGUCAUGACUUCGGAUGUGAUGGAACCUCCGCCUGGCUUUGC